AUGUCCGCACCUCAGCAUGACCCGGCGGAUUCUCAAAAAUCCCCCCGCUACCAUCAAGAGGAGUCUACCGCCGCAGAGACCCAUUCCAUUGACGGCUCGACCACGUCCGAGGAUACAAUCGAGGUGGAGGGACUGGCGCAGAGCUUGUCGGCGCAUGCAUCUCGACUGUCGCAACCGUCUUUGGCCCGGAAGAUCACGUCCAUCGCAACCAAUGGAACCUCGGAUCCGAACUACGAGGUCGAUUUCGAAGACGAGUCGGAUCAGCAGAAUCCCAAGAACUGGUCACUGAAGUACAAGGCCUUUGGCAUUGGGGUGCUGUCCUAUAACACUCUGAUUGUGGUCCUGUAUUCAACCUCGUACACGUCCGGAGUGGCAGAAAUCGCCGCCGAAUUCGACUCCUCCAAUACCAUCGUCACCUUGGGCCUAACUUUCUACCUGAUCGGCCUGGCCAUAGGCUCCAUGUUCAUGGCGCCGUUGAGCGAGGUCUACGGCCGAAAGCCGGUUUCCGUCGUGUGCCUUGCUAUCUUCACCAUUUUGAUCAUCCCCUGUGCCCUGGCUAAGUCGGUGGAGGCCCUUAUCGUAGUGCGGUUCAUUGGCGCCUUGUUUGGAAGUGUCAUGAUAUCCACCGCCCCGGGGAUGGUGUCGGAUCUAGUCAAUGAUGAGCAGCGCGCUCUGGCCAUGUCCAUCUGGAGUAUUGGCCCCGUGAACGGCCCAGUGCUGGGUCCCAUCAUUGGAGGAUUUGUCACGCAAUACCUGGGAUGGCGAUGGAUGUGCUGGAUCGCAUUGAUCUUGUCGGGCGUUGCGCUGGCCUUCUCCUGUAUCAUGGAGGAGACGUACGGGCCCAUCAUUCUUCAAAAGAAGGCGGCGCGUCUGCGCAAGGAGACCGAUGAUUCGCGCUGGUGGAGUCGAUACGACCAGAAGACCAGCCUGGCCGAGAUGCUGAAAGUGAACCUGGGGCGACCUUUUGUCAUGGCCGUCACCGAACCCAUCUGUAUAUUCUGGAAUAUUUAUAUCGCCAUCGUCUACGGGAUUCUCUACCUCUGCUUCACAGCCUAUCCCAUCGUCUUCCGUGACAUUCGCGGGUGGUCGCUGGGCCUCUCGGGGUUGGCAUUCCUGGGCAUCGGCAUCGGCUGUCUCAUUACCAUCUCAUGCGAACCGCUGAUCCGCCGGAUGAUCAACAGCCACCGCAUCGACCCCGAGACCGGAAAGGUGCCGCCGGAAGCCAUGGUCUCGAUCGUCUGCAUCUCCGCCAUUCUCAUCCCCGCCGGUGAGCUCUGGUUCGCAUGGACCUGUGCGCCCGCUUCCAUCCACUGGGUCGUGCCCAUCUUAGCAGGCGUCCUGUUUGGUGCAGGAAACACCGGCGUCUUCAUAUACGCUUCUAACUAUCUCACUUAUAGCUAUGGCGUGUACGCUGCGUCUGCCAUGGCCGGCAACUCCGUGAUCAGAAGUGUCCUGGGAGGUGUCCUGCCUCUGGUGGGCUCGUAUAUGUAUGCAGGCAUCGGACCCAAUUGGUCUGGUACGCUGCUGGGCUUGCUCGAAGUUCUCAUCAUCCCGAUCCCGUUUGUGUUCUACAAGUACGGGUAUAGGAUCCGAGAAAAGAGCACGCUGAUCAGGCGCAUGCAAGAAGAUAAAAGGCGACUGGAAGGAAAGCGGAAGCGAUUGAUGCAGCGGCUGGAGGCAGCAGGCCUCCAAGCGGAGUCAACAGAAAAAGAGAAGGAGAAGAUGGAGGUAUAAAGGGCACAAACCAAAGGCAGCGCCCGAGACGUCGAUUAUGACUUUUUCAUUUUCUGCAUACAAAAGUUCUUAUUCCCCAGAUGGCUGGCGUGGCUAGGCUUGCCCACUCCUCUCACGGCGGAUAUAUGGCAUAUUUGGUCAUGGCGAGCAACAAAUUCAAGCAUGGUCAGGCGAAUAUAAUAGAUAAUGAGUCGUUUAAUGAAUGCAACGAAGACUUUCGAUUUCCCUCAUCUCUCAGACAAGGAGAACACGACCGGAUGGAGUACUCGCUCAAGUUGGUCGUUGGACUCUCCGCUCGACCUCCAUCGAUUCAUGCAG